GGAUUUUUCUGUGAUAAAUUCUGCCGCCCACCCCACGACCGCAUCUGCUUUUCCUCCCACCUCGCAGAGCGACCACAUCCCGCUGUUCCAGCCCAAAACCUGAUCCUUUCCCAGGCAGAUCCGUCAGGAAACCAUCGUCAAGAUGUCGACAGAAGUUUACGACGGUGCCAUUGGCAUCGAUCUGGGCACCACCUACUCUUGCGUUGCCACCUAUGAGGGCAGCAAUGUCGAGAUCAUUGCCAACGAGCAGGGUAGUUUCACCACUCCCUCGUUCGUCUCGUUCACCGACAGCGAGCGCCUUAUCGGCGAGGCUGCCAAGAACCAGGCUGCCAUGAACCCGGCAAACACUGUCUUCGAUGUCAAGCGUCUGAUUGGCCGCCGCUUCGAUGACCCGACCGUCAAGAAGGAUAUGGAGUCGUGGCCCUUCAAGGUCAUCGACGAUGAUGGCAACCCCAAGGUUGAGGUCGAGUACCUGGGCUCCACGCACAAGUUCUCGCCCCAGGAGAUCUCCGCCAUGGUCCUGACCAAGAUGAAGGAGAUUGCCGAGGCCAAGCUUGGCAAGAAGGUUGAGAAGGCCGUCAUCACCGUGCCGGCUUACUUCAAUGACAACCAGCGUCAGUCCACCAAGGACGCUGGUGCCAUUUCCGGCCUUAACGUCCUCCGUAUCAUCAACGAGCCCACCGCUGCUGCCAUCGCUUACGGCCUGGGUGCCGGCAAGUCUGACAAGGAGCGAAACGUUCUGAUCUACGACCUUGGUGGUGGUACCUUCGAUGUUUCGCUCCUGAACAUCCAGGGUGGUGUUUUCACCGUCAAGGCCACCGCUGGUGACACCCAUCUGGGUGGCCAGGAUUUCGACACCAACCUCCUCGACCACUGCAAGAAGGACUUCCAGCGCAAGACCAAAAAGGACCUGUCGGGCGAUGCCCGUGCCCUCCGUAGGCUCAGAACCGCUUGCGAGCGUGCCAAGAGGACUCUGUCCAACGGUGCCCAGACCACCAUCGAGAUCGACUCCCUCUUCGACGGCGAGGACUUCAACCUGCAAAUCACCCGUGCUAGGUUUGAGGAGCUGAACGCCGUCGCCUUCAAGGGCACCCUCGACCCCGUCGCCCAGGUUCUCAAGGACGCCGCCAUCGAGAAGUCGGGUGUUGACGAGAUCGUUCUGGUUGGCGGCUCUACCCGUAUCCCCCGUAUCCAGAAGCUGCUGUCCGAGUUCUUCGACGGCAAGAAGCUGGAGAAGAGCAUCAACCCCGAUGAGGCCGUGGCCUACGGCGCGGCUGUCCAGGCUGGUGUCCUUUCGGGCAAGGCCACGUCUGCCGACACCAGCGACCUGCUGCUGCUCGAUGUCGCCCCUCUGUCUCUGGGUGUUGCCAUGGAGGGUAACAUCUUCGCUCCCGUUGUUCCCCGUGGUACCCCUGUCCCGACCCUGAAGAAGAGGACCUUCACCACCGUCAGCGACAACCAACAAACCGUCCAGUUCCCCGUGUUCCAGGGUGAGCGUGUCAACUGCGACGACAACACGUCGCUGGGAGAGUUCACUCUUGCUCCUAUCCCUCCCAUGAGGGCAGGAGAGCCUGUUCUUGAGGUCGUCUUCGAGGUCGAUGCCAACGGUAUCCUGAAGGUCACUGCUAGCGAGAAGUCCUCCGGCCGCAGCGCCAACAUCACCAUCUCCAACUCGGUCGGCAAGCUUAGCACCGCCGAGAUCGAGACCAUGGUUGCCGAGGCGGAGAAGUUCAAGAACAACGACGCCGAGUUCAGCAAGAAGUUCGAGGCCAAGCAGCAGCUCGAGUCCUACAUCUCGCGUGUCGAGGACAUCAUCUCGGACCCCACUCUGUCGCUGAAGCUCAAGCGCGGCCAGAAGGAGAAGAUCGAGAACAGCCUCAGCGAGGCGAUGGCACAGCUGGAGCUUGCCGACUCGUCUGCCGACGACCUCAAGAAGAAGGAGCUUGCCCUGAAGCGCACUGUCACCAAGGCUAUGUCGUCGCGUUAAGUGGGGUGGUCUUUGUCACAGCAUCUUUCUUGUCUUUCAUCUCUUUGCGGGUUUUUCGGGCCACAGGCACUACGUGGAAGGGGUCUUUCGCAAAAUUAGGGUUUCUUGGGUGCUGCACUCCGGGUAUUAUCUUGGAACACCGCAUAAAAAGCAGAGGUGCGGGCGUCCAAGAUAGAACAAAUGAUUUUGAGCAAAUGACUUUCAAUGAUCAAACGCGUUUUAUCAUGCUCUGGCGCAGUUGGCUUCUCGGCUAAAAUCGUAGCUUG